AGUGAACACCAAGGGUAAAAGCCAUCCCGAGUUAAACACGAGUGUUGAGCGACAUUCAAGUUUUCUUUGGAGUGAAUUGGUGAGAUUCUUUUUAUGUUACUAACAGUUAUUUUGAUUAUUUUUAUUAAUCUUUUUCUUUUCAUUAUGUCUCGAAAGUACACAAGAUCAAAUGAUUAUACAGUAGAUGACGAACGAGAUUUUUUAUCAAAUUCUCAAUUUCAAGAUUUCAGUCGAGAAUUGAGGAGUUUGCUCAAAGAAAGUCUCAACCCAAUCAUAAAGACGAUGGAUCGUAUAAUCGAAAAACGUUCUUGUUCACAAACACCUCCGCCGAAGAUCAGGGGCCAAAUCAAGAGGAGAGACGACACUCGACCCGUUCCUACAUCCAAUUGGAACGAAAGAUCUUACGAAGAGGAUUCCAAUUUCCGAAGCAAUGUCAAAAGUUCAACGAGAAGAGAGCCAAGAAAUUUUGCAUGUUUUAAUCCAGAAAGUCUAGCUCGUCUUCAAGAGUGUGUUGACAAUUUCGUCAAAGAAACACAAUUGCAAGAACAACUACAAAAAGAAAGUGUUUGCAAAAAUAAAGAAGUGAAAGUUGAAAACGACAUUGAGAGCAAUGAAAAUAAGAAAAUCGAUGUGAGAAAUGUUGGAGUCGAAAAUGAGAAUGAGAGUGAAAAUGAAGAAUUUGAAAAAGAAAUUGUUUGUGCAAAGGAGAAAGAGUGUAAAAUUUCAAUUUGCACUAACAACCUUAACCAUUCUUCUUCUAUUUUUGGAUCUUCAUUGUUGCAGGAGGACAAGACGAGUACUUCCAGAAACAUGAUAAACACAUCGCCAACCCUAUUGAUGAUCGAGCAUCGUCCAUGCUCUAGCAAUGUUUCAAAGAAGGACUUAAUGAAAAUUUCUAUUCCCAAGGAACUGGUACCCAAUGAUAUCAUCAAGUAUCAUCCAAGGUUUAAUCUUUCUAACUCUUUUGUUAUUGAUUUACCUACUAACUUUUAUUUACUAUUUGGAGGGACGAUACAAAAACGUGGAAUUGAUGUAUUGAGUUGCGAGGAUAAGUAUCUUUGCAAUCUUGAUAAGAAAUUGCCACUCUCCAAUUUGCAAAUAAACGAUUUGAAGGAAAAGCUAUCCCACCAUCCUCAUGAUGAUUCAAGGAAAUAUGAAGUUACCAAAUAUGAAGUCAAGAGGUUGACCAUUGGAGAAAGGUAUGAGGAUUCCAUCCAUCCUACAUCAAGAAGGUCUUCAAUGAGAAAUCAUUUCGAUUUGAGGACAAAUCGCCAAAAAGAAAGGGAGGAUGAUGUGAGCACGUUUAGGGCCGGUUUUCUCCAUGACGAAAACCCCUCAAGGACGUUCUACCUUAUUAACUCUAAGGGAGGAACACAAAGCUCAUGCUCCAUACUGGGCGGUUUUUGAGGAGGUUAUUUAACAUAUUUUCAUGGUACAAAACGACAACAAGGCUAUUAAAAUAUAGCACAAGUUGGAGCAGCGUAUUGAAGCUCUUAUCCAGCUCACUCUACGGCAAUUAAGGAUAUGUGGGAGACAACAUGUGAUGGGCAGCACUUGUUCUUGUUAUAACAGCACUAUACAUUAAAAUAACUUGUUAUUUUAAUCAUAUAGGAACACCAAGUGAUCAGCCCCAUGCUGGACGGUUUUUAAGGGAUUCUUUGAACACAAAUCCAGCACAUAACACGACCAUGUGUGUUGAUAAAGAAUGGAGAAC